GUGAAUUCAUUUUAAUAUUUUUAUUAACACACUAUAAAUUGACCUCAAGCAGUGAGCUUAGUUGAACUGUCAUCAUUACUGGUCUGUAUUUAACAUGCUUUGAAGCCUUCUGUAGAUUUUUUUGAUUCAGCUAACAAGGUCUGGUUGGUUCUAGAUUUGUUUGUGUCUAAGGAAAAAAUAAUGUGGAGAUUAGCGCGAUGUGCGUCGUCGAAUUUGAGCAGAUCGUUGCGGAGGCGGUUUUUCUCCACGGCGGCGAUUCCAGCUCCUUGUAUUAUUCAUAAACGUGGCACUGAUAUUCUCCAUGAUCCAUGGUUCAAUAAGGAUACAGGAUUUCCUUUGACUGAAAGAGAUCGACUAGGGCUGCGUGGCCUGCUUCCACCUCGUGUUAUAUCCUUCGAGCAGCAAUAUGAUCGUUUUAUGGAAUCUUAUAGGUCCCUUGAGAAGAAUACCCAGGGCCAACCAUACAGUGUUGUAUCUUUAGCAAAAUGGAGGAUCUUGAAUCGACUGCAUGACAGGAAUGAGACAUUAUACUACCGAGUCCUCAUUGAUAACAUUAAAGAUUUUGCUCCAAUUAUAUACACUCCAACAGUAGGGUUAGUAUGUCAGAAUUACUCAGGAUUAUUUAGACGCCCACGUGGAAUGUAUUUUAGUGCAAAGGAUAAGGGAGAGAUGAUGUCAAUGAUCUAUAACUGGCCUGCUCAACAGGUUGACAUGAUAGUGCUUACUGAUGGCAGCCGUAUUCUUGGCCUAGGUGAUCUUGGAGUUCAAGGAAUAGGAAUACCCAUUGGAAAACUAGAUAUGUAUGUUGCUGCUGCUGGUAUCAAUCCACAGAAAAUACUCCCAGUUAUGUUAGACGUUGGUACUAACAAUCAAAAGCUGCUUGAAGACCCUCUUUAUUUAGGACUUAGACAACCUAGGCUGGAAGGAGAAGAGUAUCUAUCAAUUGUUGAUGAAUUCAUGGAAGCUGUUCAUACUCGCUGGCCCAAAGCCAUUGUACAGUUUGAAGACUUUCAGAUGAAGUGGGCGUUUGAAACACUGCAAAGAUAUCGUAAGAGGUUUUGCAUGUUUAAUGAUGACAUACAGGGAACUGCUGGUGUUGCUCUUGCGGGGUUACUGGGAACAGUGAGAGCCCAAGGCCUACCAUUAUCUGACUUUGUUAACCAAAAGAUAGUCGUGGUGGGUGCUGGGAGCGCAGGGCUUGGUGUCCUAAACAUGGCAAUACAGGCUCUUUCAAGAAUGUCUGGGAACAAUGAAAUGGCUGCAAAGAAUAAAUGUUAUCUACUUGAUAAAGAUGGCCUCAUUACAAAAGAGAGGAAAAAUAUUGAUCCAGCUGCGGCACCAUUUGCUAAAGACUUGAAAGAUGUUGAAGGGCUUAGGGAGGGAGCUAGUCCAUUUGAAGUGGUUAAAAAGCUGAAGCCCCAUGUGCUUCUUGGUUUGUCUGGGGUUGGGGGGGUCUUUAAUGAAGAGGUGCUCAAGGCCAUGCGAGAAUCAGAUUCAACUAAACCGGCUAUUUUUGCUAUGUCAAACCCCACAAUGAAUGCUGAAUGCACUGCUGCUGAUGCUUUCAAGUAUGCCGGACCAAAUAUAAUUUUUGGAAGUGGAAGCCCAUUUGAAGAUGUUGAUCUAGGAAAUGGAAAAGUAGGACAUGUAAAUCAAGCAAAUAAUAUGUACCUGUUUCCUGGGAUUGGUUUGGGAACUCUUCUCUCAGGUGCGCACAUUAUAACUGAUGGAAUGUUGCAAGCAGCUGCUGAAUGCCUCGCUUCAUACAUGACGGAUGAAGAAAUCCAAAACGGCAUUUUGUAUCCAUCUAUUGAUAGUAUACGACAUAUUACAGCAGAGGUAGGAGCUGCUGUUCUGCGAGCGGCAGUUGAAGAAGACCUGGCAGAAGGACAUGGUGAGGCAGGCCCCCGGGAGCUCAAGCACAUGUCAAAAGCGGAGACAGUAGCAUAUGUGUCACGGAAUAUGUGGUUCCCUGUUUACAGCCCUCUUGUUCAUGAGAAAUAGGGCUCGAGUGGCCUUUCCUAAUAUUUUCCAUUGGGGCCAUUUUCUUCAAACUAGGUCAGAUCCUGUAGCCCAACCAUUAUAUUUUAUUUCUGUUUUGUUUUCCUGAACUCAUAAUUUGCCAACUUCAGAAAUAGAAGGGCAAGUAAUGGAAGCAGGAAUUUAAUAUUCUGGCUCAUCCACCUGAGUUCGUUCUGAUUUGUUAUAUGUAACGGAUUAGUUUAUGUAUACUAAUGAAUUCAUUUUCUGGAGGCA